GCUGGUAGCAAGUUAAUUGCUUGUUUGUGCAUGUGACACAGUGGUACAUUUUGUAUCCUCCUAUUGAAAUCUGUUGAGAGCAAGCGCAGACAAAUACAAUGCCACCUCAAACUGCUGAAGUUCCUAAAGAGGAACCAGCUGACACAACACCUGCAGGAAUAAAAGCUGUUCUUUUAGGACCACCGGGCUCCGGCAAGGGCACACAGGCUCCACUACUUAGGAACAAAUAUUGUGUGUGUCACCUGUCAACUGGCGAUAUGCUGCGCGCAGAAAUAUCCUCUGGCUCCCUUCUGGGAAAACAGCUGAAGAAAACAAUGGAUGAAGGAAAACUUGUAAGUGAUGAGCUUGUUGUUAAUCUGAUUGACACUAAUCUUGAUCGUCCAGAAUGUAAAAAUGGGUUUCUUUUAGACGGUUUUCCAAGAACUGUCCCACAGGCAGAGAAGCUGGAUAAACUACUGGAGAAAAGAAAUACUGCACUAGAUGCUGUUGUGGAAUUCAGUAUUGAUGACAAUUAUCUGGUUCGAAGAAUUACAGGCCGGCUAAUACAUCCAGCAAGUGGUCGUUCGUAUCACGAAGAAUUUCAUCCUCCAAAAGUUCCCAUGAAGGAUGAUUUAACAGGUGAACCACUGAUACGUCGCUCAGAUGAUAAUGUUGAAGCGCUGAAAAAACGUCUGGAAGCAUACCAUAAGCAGACGAAGCCACUGGUAGACUAUUACAGCUUGAGAGGUAUACAUCACAGGAUUGAUGCCUCCAAAUCUGCUUCAGAGGUCUUUGAUGGCAUUGAUAAAAUAUUUCUUCGUUCUUCCAGAAGCAAGGAUAAAGUUAUGUUUGUAUAAGGAACAUUCGUAGGACAAUGCUGUAAUUUUAAUGAUGGAAGUAUAUCCUGUUAUUGAGAAUUUAAGCCAUAUAGAAGCUGAUGGGAGUCAAAAUUUUAUUAUUCAUGCAGGUAACUUUUUAAGUUACAAACAUGACCAUUUCUGUCAAAGCUAUCGCACUGCCAUGCACAAUUAAGACUUGCAGUGUCUCUUAUAUACAUAUAUUUUAGUUUUGAUUGCCUGUCACUAUCUCCUAACAUUCAAAAAGUGAGAAAUAUUUUUCCAUGUUUAUAGUAACGUUAUUUUAUUACUGGUCACAUCAAAAACAUAUUAC